AUGGGACCCCCCACCGCCAUCGUCACCGGUGGCUCGUCCGGCAUCGGCGACGCCCUGGUCCGCCACCUCGUCUCACUGAACUGGCGCGUCGUCGUCGCCGACAUCAACCCACCCAAGGAGUCCCUGCCGGAGUCGUUGUUCGUCAAGACAGACAUUACCUCCUGGCAGGACCAGGCCGACAUGUUCAAGCAAGCGUAUGCGUGGAGCGGGCGGCUGGACUUUGUGGCUCUCAACGCGGGUGUCGACCAUGGCGACGACGUGUUUGGGAAUCUCUCGGGCGAUGUGGACCGGCCGCCGUCGAGGCCGGAUACAAGGCCAUUUGAGGUGAAUGUUACUGGGACCUUCUACGGCAUCAAACUCGCCGCGCACUACAUGACGGUGCCGAGCACCCACUCGGACAAACCCAAGCCGGGCGGCAAAAUCAUCAUCACCGCCUCCGGGGGCGGCAUCUUCCCCAUCCCCAUCCUCCCGCAGUACACGGCCAGCAAGCACGCGCUGGUCGGGCUCGUGCGCGCGCUCGCCCGCAUCAACGCCGUGUGCCCCGCCAUCGUCGACACCCCGGGCCUCCCGCCGGGACUGGCGAUUAAACUCGGCCCAGACCAGCUCACGCCCAUGAGCACCGUCAUUCGGUGUUUCGACGCGCUGGCCGAUUUCGCCCGUGUCGAUGCCGUCGACGAUGACAAUGUCGAUUGGGUGUCGCGCGGCAAGACGGGAGAGACGGUCGAGGCGAAUGGCGAGGAGUUCAUCUGGCAUCAACCACCGCAGCCACAAGGGGGGAAGUUCAUGCGCGAGGCGGGCGUGCUGGCGGCGGCGCAGGCGUAUAAGCAGAUAGGCGCCGAGGGGUUUGCGACAGCGACGUGA